GUUUCCAAAAAGGUUAUCAAUUGCAACGACACAUUAUGGAAUGCCAUCAAUAUCUCACCUGUGGAAUAAAUGGUUGCGCCAUUAAAAUGCUUAAAAAGGACUCUGAAUCCAUGAUUCGCCAUAGACUCAAUCAUCAGGCAAGGGACAAAUAUUAUCAGUCAAAAACACAAUCCAAGCAAAAUGAUGUUAUGUUCUCUCCUAAAGUGGAUCUGUCAAAGUCUUGGACAGUUCCUGAAAAACCACCCAGAAAUCUACUAGAUUGUGAACAGUCAGAUACAGAAACUGUCUUGUACGAUGAGACAACAUAUGUUCAUGACCCUGUUGAUUGGAGCAAGUUGUCGUCAAC